AUGUUCUCCUCCGCCAUCAUUCCCAGUCUUCUUCUCGGCCUCUCACAGAUCCACAGCAGUAUUGCUCAACCGGUGAAUGCUAGCAGCGUCAUCGUCACCCUUGCCGCCUCUGAUCAUUUCCCCCAUGCCAAGGGCGACUUGAGCCCGUUCGACGUUGACGUCAACUACGUCGGUUACAACGCUAGUACCCAGUCAUGGCUCACGAGCCUCAACCCAGCUUCUGGCGCUAGCGACGAGGAAAGGGCUAGGAUCAUGACCGAGGCCGCCUACGCGAAGCCAUUCGAUGCGAACGACCCAGACAUGACCGCGGACGUCGACUCCCUGUUGGCCACCAUUGCUGGCAAUGCCACCGCCCUUGAAAAACGUGCCGGCUCCUCUUUCAAGGUCGUUGCAGGCCACGCGGUCAAAUGGGGUGCCUGCGCUAAGGUCUUCGGCUGCCUGAGCGGCUCGACUUGUACUUUUAGUCUGAAUGUUGGCAAGGCACCCCGCAGCCAGUGUCAGUCCCAGGGCGGGUCGAACUGUUGCAUCAGCUGGUCCGACUACAAUGUCAGGUUCGGCUUCUUCAAAACCACGUGGACAACAUGCAACGAUGAAGUCACGGCCCAGAAAAGGAAGACGGCCUCUUGCAAGGGUUACGGCAGCUCGUCUCAAGGCGGUGAUGUCUGCCUCAGUAACCGUGCCAAUAAGUGUAACUAA